CACCGGUACCUGUUAUACAUCCACAUCCACACAACCAGUCACACCACAUAGUUGCCCCAUAUAUGUUUCGAAGAAAACGAGAAGGAAAACCACCUCUCGACGAAGAGUUCUGGCGCGCGUACUAUGAGGAGGUGAGGGCGAACGAGGACAACGUACGCGACAAGGACAUCCGUCCGGGCUCCGCCCUUGUGGCGACGCUCAGGCAGACUUUUGGCGACGGCAUACUGCAAGCCCUGCCUAGUGGAAUUCAGAUGGCAGUCGCGCUUGGCUCGCCGUAUGCGAAGAAGGACACGGCGCGCGCGUACGAUUUGCUUCGCUUCUUCGAAAUGGCUACUCGUGGCCAUUUUGUUACCACAUGCGCACGCACCAAGCUCGACGAGAAGAUUGUGUUUCGAGGUGCUGAGAACUGGGGAAAUGUCAUGUGCUACCUCGACCUGUUGCUCUUUGCGAUGUUUGCCAAUAUCGAGAGCUUCGAGCCCAUGUUAUUCCACGGCCGCGUGGAUGGUGACGUGGGCGGCGACGCGGGCAGCGAAGCGGAAGACAAGCGCUAUCUCACCAAGCGACUCGCAACGUUGCUUCGCCUUUACGUAAGUAUGCUCCGUGGGGGCCAGUUAGUGACGAGCGACAUCACCAAACGCCUCUGCGAGACCCUUGCAAAAUUGGGCUUUGAAGAAGCCAUGUCUGGGCGCCAGCAGGACUGCGCACCGUUAUUUCAGUUUCUUACGGAGGUGCUCGAUAUGCCCCUUCUUUCCUUGACUAUGGAAAUCCAGCAUGGGGGCAAGUUCAACAAGGAAGACGACCAGAAGAUCACCAAAGAGCGUAUGCUAUUUGUGAGCGUUCCAGAGGACGACCAAGAGGAGGAGGUGCUUCUUGAGGAAUGCCUUGAAGCCUACUUUAGCAACUCCAUCGAGGUGAAGCGGGAGCUUGAGCGGCGAAUGACGUUGGAACUCUCACGCUCCAGCACCAAGGUCGAUGAGAAACCCAGCUACACCCACUACGAGAACCUCAGUGAAGGCUCCACCGCGGUGUUUUCCUACCCGGAAGGGCUCCCUGAGGAUUCUACUAGUCCGCACCACAUUGACAGUGACGUCGCGUCGUGCGCAAUCACCAUCAGCGAUUCGUUGAAGGAACCGUUUCCGGACGCAGAAGUCGUAGAUCUGCCCCGAGGCGGAAACACCGCUAGGGUUGGGGAGCUGGGGUUUGCCAAUGUAACUCCAUCAAGGGAGCCUAGAGGCAAGGAUGGGAGAACCACCCCGGAUAGUCCCUCCACUCGCGAUUCCAUGUCUGGAUCCGCGCGCGACGCAUCGGUUUCGGACUCCCCACGCAACAGACUGGCACCUUCUCGUACCGCAUCUGUCACCUCUUACCAGUCCCGUUCCGCGACACUGGACCUUCGGUCUAUUGUAUUGCCCCUGGAGUCGAGACUCUCCUUCAAGCAACCGUAUGUAGUACGUGAACGCUCACUCUCGAUAUGGUCUACCAGUGGAAAGACACGCGAGGUACUCCUCCCAGCGUGGAUGUUUCUCCAGCUCCUCCCGUUCUACACGUCCGACAGUACGAACCAUAUCUCCCCAUCGUCCGUGCACUUUGUGUCGCGGCGGCCGAUACUCCCAAUCUGUUUGAAGCGCUUUGCGUACCGCAAGGCCACGGGCAAAUUUGAGCGGUUGAAAAGUAAGGUGGUGAUCCCACCGGUGAUCGACUUGCCAAACUUUAUUGCAGACACAGCUGAGACGCGGUACAAGCUUGUACUCGAGAGCGCCGUGUGUCAUCGCGGCACGUCGAUGAACUCGGGCCAUUUUGUGUGCGCUGCGCGUAAAAAGGUCAUAGACGCGCGCACGCGUGACGCCGCGACUGAGCAAUCCACGUGGCAUUUGUUUGAUGACUUGAACAAGAAGGAGCGUGUGACCGAGAUGACUUUCCGUGAAAUAUUUGAUACCGAAUGGCCGUAUAUGUUGUUUUACCGGAUGGUGGGUCUGGAGGAUGGGCGGGAGGUAAUUCCGCCGGUAAAUGCUAAGACAAGGUAUUGGGGAGACUCAGACAAAGCGAAUGAAGCAAAUGUGACAAGCGAAGUUGCCGAGGCAACAGAAUUACCGGAGAGGGGGUUUCAGCCUUUCCAGGGUCCCAAAGCUCCUCAGAGAGUUUCCAAGGAUUCAAUGAGUUUUGAGGCCACUCUGAAGGCUCCAAAAGUUCCCCCUGUCUCAGAAGCUCCAGAGACCCUCCUAGAGGCUUCUGAGGUGAACCAGAAAAGUCACGUGGGCACGGAGCCUCAUUCCCAAAUGCUUUUAGUCCCCGAACCCGUCUCCGAUGCUUUGCAAAAGAAGUCGGUACCCCAUUUGUACCUCUCGCGCAACACCAAGUCAUCAAACUCGGUUGCAACGCUUGAAGGCGAGGAGCUAUCGAAAAGCCGCUCCAGACGGUCCGCGAACGAGAUCCUCGAUAUCCGCAAUCGUUACUACUGGUAUUUGAACGAAAACUCAGAAACCAUAAAUCCAACAUCCCAGAUAACGGAUGAAACCUCUUUUGAUUACUACAAAGAGGAGCCGUUUUUGGUGCCGCCAAUCAAUAUCGCGCGCAUCUCUAAUCCUGCCUCCUUUGGUGACUCUUCUGACGAUGAAAGGGCGGCUAUGAAGGUCCAGAGCUCGGGAAACUCCAUUAAAUCGUGGAUCCUAGGCGGAAAAACGGUGGAUACAGACGAUGAAGCAAAGCCUGAAGAACCGUCUUAUGACAGCGACGUGGUGGACGAGCCCGUCACCAACCCGCACAAGACGUUUUGGAAGAAAUCUAAGAGUGUGUUACGGAAGCCAAAGACCGGGUAUACCGUGAGGAUGAAGCUGACCGAGGAGGUUCCUCCUGCUAUUGCGGAUGAGGCUCAAGUGGAGAUGGCGCCAACCGACCAUACUCAUAACGAGACCCACAGACACCAUCGUCUUCCAGGAGAGCUUAAGAAAAAGCGGUCCAAGAGGGAGCAGUAUAAGGACGAAAAGUGUGUUAUUGCGUAGAUAUUUAUAAGCAUCAGGAAUUAUAUAUUAAUAUAAGAAUGUUAGUGA